CAAAUCUUUGCCGGCUUGGAGGAGCACACUCGGCAGGCCAUGAUGAGAAGGGGCUUCUCCGGGCUGCUUGGGGAGCCGCCGCCACCACUGCAGCCCCUGUUCCAAGAAGCGAAGGACUCCAGCAGCAGUGACAGCGAGGGGGAUGGAGAGACUACACAGGAUGAGGUCUCCUCCCACGCCUCCGAGGAAGACGGAGCAAUGGCAAAAGUGAAGCGGGAGCUGGAGGCUGACGAGCAGCUUGACCACUGCGAGCGGGGGACUCCGGACAGGGAGUUGGGCCUGCAUGGGAACCCAGAUGCCCCCCUGACGGGGCUCUCUCACUGCCCUCUCUGUCAGCUGGAGUGCGGGAGCAGGGAGCAGCUGGUCACUCAUGUCUAUCAGCACACGACGGCUGUGGUCAGUGCUAAGAGCUACCUGUGCCCCGUCUGUGGCCGAGCACUCAGCUCCCCGGGCUCCCUGGGCAGGCAUCUUCUCAUCCAUUCUGAGGACCAGCUGUCAAACUGUGCAGUGUGUGGGGCACGUUUUACCAGCCACGCCACUUUCAACAGCGAGAAGGUGCCAGAGGUGUUAUGUGCAGAUGCCCUGCCAGUUCCUGUCCCCAAAGGGUCUUCUGGGGCUGAAGAGAAGACCCCUGCACUUAGCUCCCCCGUGUAUCCUGCUGGUCUCCUCCUGGUGUGCAAUGGCUGCGUGACCUACCGCAAGCUCCUGGAAGCUCAAUCCCCAGGCAUACGCAAGUGGGCCUUGCGGCGGCAGAACGAGCCCCUGGAGGUGAGGCUCCAGCGGUUGGAACGAGAGCGCACUGCCAAGAAGAGUCGCCGAGACAACGAAACGCCCGAGGAGCGAGAAGUGCGGCGCAUGAGGGACCGUGAGGCCAAGCGCCUGCAGCGCAUGCAGGAGACGGAUGAGCAGCGUGCACGCCGGCUUCAACGGGACCGUGAAGCAAUGCGUCUGAAACGUGCCAACGAGACCCCGGAGAAACGGCAGGAACGGCUCAUCCGUGAGCGGGAAGCCAAGAGGCUGAAGCGGCGGCUGGAGAAAAUGGACAUGAUGUUGCGAGCCCAGUUUGGCCAGGAUCCUUCUGCAAUGGCCACGCUGGCGGCGGAGAUCAACUUCUUUCCGCUGCCUGCGGGUGGUGUGGAGCUGGAUGGCCAGCUGCUCAGCAAAAUGGCCUUUGAGGAGGCGAGCCCAAGCACACUGCACUGAGCGGCUCUCUUGGACGGAACUGGCAACCUGUGCGCUGCUUGGGACCCCCGGGCCUGGGAACAGAGGGGAAUAGAAAUGGACCUGGCAGCAGCCGGAGGUGUCUGUCCAUCCUUCCCUGCGGAUGUCAGCAAAGACUAGCAUGGACCAAAGCAGUUACUGCUCCAGCCAGCAAUUAUGCUGAGGUCUAGGCUGCUGGAGAGCAAGAGCUACCUCUGCAACAGGGGCCAUGUAGGCACAUGUAACUCCUGUACCCUUCUUCUGAAGAGGGAUAGACUGGAAUCCCACCUGCAACAGGCAGGUUCCUCUUGGCUAGAAGUUCUCCUCUCCCAGCUUCCCUGUCAUCUUCAUGUGGUGGGUUCCGCCUUUCUUCUACUAAACGAAAAGGAAAUCUAUACAGGCUUGUGCCUUGGAAAGCCCUAAUUGCCUCAGAAGGAUGAGUUCACCUCUCACUGGCAGAGCCUGGUUUAGAUUUUCCAGGUCAGGUCAGAAAAAAAUCCAGCUAUAGGCCCCAUGUGAGUGAAGAAGACCAGGAGCUCACUUCUGGGUCCUGAUGGGAAUAGGUGGCUGGUUAGAACUGAUCUCUUGCCGUGUGUACAAAUUCCCUUCACCAAGAGAAAAGCCACACUUCAGUUAGUUUGACAGUGAACUUCUCUGGGCCUUAAACCUCAGUGCUAGCAAAUUCGCUCAUUGAUGCUUCUGUAACCCCCCCCCCCCCUCAGCAUUUAACUCAUCAGGCAAUUGGUAUAAUUCCUAAUCCCCUCUUAGGAUGCCUUUUUGCUGGCUGGUGCUGUGGAAUCAUCACCACCUGCUUGAUCUGGCUGGAAAACAAGUUGGACUAAUUUCUGUCAGCCUUUGUCUUCUCUCCGUGGACAGGUGGGGUGAGAUCCCAUGGGCACGUCUGGUGGAGAGGAGGUGGGCAGUGGAGCUGGAGCCACCUCCAAGUUUGUGUGUCCUCCUGAGUUGCUACAGAAACCCUCGAUACUGCUGAAAUGCUGGGGUGUCUACGUGUAAUGCGGUUUUUUAAAAAUGGUGGGCUGGCUUUUCUUGCAAAUCUGUUGCAACCCGUCUCAUACCUUCAGGUAGCUUACGGUGCAGGUUUGCCUAGACACCUGCCCAAGCGUCUCUUAGGUGUUCAGCGAUACAAUUGUCUGUUAUCAGAGAAUGCCUCUGGGUAGUGGAGCCACAGCAAGCUCCUUCCCAGAUGUCAUUCAGUCACGGGAAGGGCACUGAACAACACGGUCCCCCCCCCCCCUUGGUCAACACCAUGCCCACUCCCUCUGCAUUUCCUCACAGCUCUGGUGACUGUGCCCAGCUGUUGCUGCAGACAGCAUGCGCUGCCAGAGGGAAACAUGAAGCAGACACGGCAAAGGAAAAGCUAUUGAUUUAUAAUUAUAUAGAUGUGUACAUAUAUGUAUGUGUGUAUAUAUAUAUAUACUGUGUUUACAUAGUCAACAAAUUAAAUGCAGUAAUCAUUAAGAGCAUUAACAAUAAAAAUACAAUCUGUGUUGAAAGACUUUAAAUGGUAAAACAGGAGCAGGAUCUCACCCAAAGUACAAAUAUACAGUACAAAUUGAUUUAUUCCAAACAGAUACAAAAACACAACGAAAUAGACUCAUAAUGCUUCCUUAAGAGAUCAGACAGGAGAGACGGGACUGGGCUAGUUCUAAGGCUUUAGAUAUGAUGCAGUUGGUUACCAAAGAAGACGUCACUCACGAAUGGCAGGGUCACUCACUAGCUCCCCUGGGCCCGUGGCCCACUUCAGCUAAGGUGCUGUGCAGGGAUUCCUCUGGUUGCAGAGGGUCCCAGAGCCAGCCUGCCACCUUCCUCAGCGUAUCCCCCAAGGGGCCAGAGAAGCCCCUCGGCCAGUCUGCCCAUCAAAAACAGCCCUGGCGGAGGGAUGGCGUUGGAGAAAGGCACGUGUGCUCUUGCAGGAAGCAGCCAGCAACAAAAGGAAAGGGCAAAACUCAAGGUGGAAAGAAUGCCCGGGGGGGGGGGGGCAGCAAGGGGCUCUGUGGCACAGCAGUGGGCGGAAGCAAGCCCCACAGUAUUGCACAUCGGGGAAUCCUGAAAUAUUUCUCAGGACCAGGCAGGCACAGGGCUUCUCUGUAGUGUCCGCUGAAUGAAACAGCUUAUUGCUCUAGGAAGCCAGCCGCCGAGUGUCUCCUGCGGCCCUGCUGUGCCUGCACCCACCAGCCUUUCUCUGCUUGGGAGCUCACACGCCAGAUGCUUAGCUGUCAGCCACCUGAACAGAAGCAAUACUUUGGGGCCCGGUUUAGCAUAACUCUCCCAGCAGUUAAAUCGAGGCUCACAAAGCCAAAGAGACCUGGAGAAGGGACACUUAGAAGGAAAAGGGGUAGCCAGUUAUAUGCCACAGUACUUCUCAGCUGCCUCCCUCCCCACCCCCAAAGCCUGCUGGGGUGGGGGGGAAGAGGAGAAAGGCAACCCUGCUCAAAGGACAGCAGGAGGGUAGAGGAUAAUCAGGGCUGGCCUGAGGCACACACCACGGAGGGGGGUGGUGGAGAAAGGGACCGUGACUGACCAACAGGCAGCUGGGAAUAGUGCAAAGUGCUGGAAAGAGACAGCAAACAAGGGCAGGGGGAGGGAGGCAGGCAGGAGAGCAAAUCCUGCUACUUUUCAUACAGCGUGAACAGUGAGAGCUGCCGUUUCAGGCCAAGAGGGAAGGCAGGUGCUAGCAGCUGCACUGGAAAGGGGGCUCCCAUCUUACAGGAAGAGUCAAGAGAAGUCAACAGAGCUUCCCCCCACCCUUCUACAGAGGCACCAAGGCAGGAGAGGUUCUCUAACUGGCACGCAGUCAUAAGCAUUGGUGCUCCAGACUCAAAAAUGAAAUGGUUCUUUCAUUCUCCUGGAGGCACCAGUGUCCGUUAUCUCGUCUAAAGAACCAAAACACGUGGCGUUAAGAUGCCAAGGGCCACUCAUGUGCACUGGAGUUCUUAAUUCCCUUCAAAGAGCUCAGAGAUUAUUGCAGUAGCUGCAGAAUCCUCAGUUCUGCAAGUUCCCCUAGAAGAGCUUUACCAAACAGGCCCCUAAUGGCGGAGUGCGCAGCCUGUUAGCACCCCCCCACACACACACACGGAAACAUGCUCCCCUGGAGAUGCUCUAUAGCGGGCCUAUGAAAAGCGGACAAGCGUCAUCAUUCAGUGCUAAACUGCUCAACCAGCCUGAGCCACAGAUACUUCAAGGAGUGACAGAGGG